AGCAGACGAUCAAAACUACCGCUGCUUUACAUGAUAGCUCUAACUCAGCCACCCAUCUCAGAGUUUUGUAGAACAUAAACUUAGUAAUUCAUCCCAUACGGAGAAAUAUUUCACGCAAAGUUAUAGAUUAGUUGAUUUCAUAGACAAUAAAGAAGUGGAUUCUGAGGUUAACCGAAGCUGCCAUGUUCAGUUUGUCCACAGACAACUAGUUCUGAAAGUGCUGCGAAUACUAGUAGUAUUUGUUGUGAAACUGGCCUUUACGGAUUAUAGAAGUCGUGUUGUACGUAAAUCAAAAGAUGACAUCGCUUGUCGGCGACGAAAUAAAACACGUGUUACUAACCGGACGUCCAGGAAUCGGUAAAACAACUUUAAUCAAAAAGAUAUAUGAUUCGCUGAACAUCAAAGGUGUUGGAGCUAAAGGCUUCUUCACAGAGGAAAUAUGUGAGAGUGGAAGGAGAAUUGGAUUUGACAUUGUGGCUCUGGAUGGAAGAAGAGGAGAGUUGGCAAGAGUACGAGGCAAGCAGAUUGAGAGAAUCCAUCCUGAAUACUGUGUUGGCCAGUUUAUUGUUAAUGUGAAGUCUUUUGAAGCUGUUGCAUUGCCCGUAUUUUGUGAUGUGGGACGGCCUGGUCAUGUUUUGGUGGUUGAUGAAAUUGGGAAAAUGGAGCUAUUCUCAAAAAAGUUUAAAGACUGCGUUUCUGCUGCAUUUAGUUCACCAAAAGCCACAAUUUUGGGAACAAUUCCAAUUGCUAAACAGCGGCCUAUUCAGUUUGUUGAAGAGUUGCGCACACGUCCAGAUGUUAAAGUAAUAACAGUUGAUUACAACAAUAGAAAUGGUCUUGAAAAUGAAGUAUCUGAGAUGCUGAUAUCUGCUCUGAAAACAGUAACCUGAAAUAUAAAUGUGUGUUGGAUGUUUAUAAUAAAUAAUUUACAUUAUACAAAAAUUUGUGUCUCUUAUUUUACGAUUAAAUUUUUCAGUAUCUGUACAAUAAAGAAGUUCUUGUAGAAUUAACCUCUUAAUUUCAUUGUUUUAGUUGUUAUCAUUUGUUGGCAACAGUAUUCUUAAUAAUAGCUAAUAUAAUUCAACACCUAGAAUUACAGAAAGCACUGAACCACAGACAUCUCUGCAGAACACUUAGAGGGGCUACCAUCAUUAUUCAAAUGCUAGAAAGCAGUGAAACACCAACUUCAUAAUCAGAAGUGAAUGUUUCCAUGGAAUUGCAGGUAAAUAAACACUAAAUAAAUUACCACAAUAAAUAAAAUGUUUGUGCACUUUUUUUCCUUAUUUUUUAAUAGCAAAGCUUUCUAUUUUGAGGCUUAAAGAGAAAAGUGAAGAAAACAGAACAGCUUCCA